UUUUCUUGUUUAACAGUACUUCCUGUCGUGCACAUUGCAAAGAAAAUAGUUACUACUUCGGUUAGAAAUAAGUAUUAUUAUGUCGUACCGUUUGACGAUCCAGUAAAUUACCCUUGGAAAGACGUUACGGAAAAUGCAGUGUACAAAUUUUUGAUGCAUCAACUGCUCCUAUCGCUUGCCUUGGUGUUAACCAAAGUAUUCAGGGAACCGGCGACUAUUAAUUAUCCUUUUGAGAAAGGGCCGUUAAGUCCAAGAUUUAGAGGAGAACAUGCAUUAAGAAGAUAUCCAUCCGGAGAAGAAAGAUGUAUCGCUUGCAAAUUGUGCGAGGCUAUUUGCCCUGCGCAGGCUAUUACCAUCGAAGCUGAAGAAAGAGCCGAUGGAUCUAGACGUACAACCAGAUACGAUAUAGACAUGACUAAAUGUAUCUAUUGCGGUUUCUGUCAAGAGGCAUGUCCCGUCGAUGCUAUAGUCGAGGGGCCGAACUUUGAAUUUUCAACUGAAACACACGAAGAGCUGUUAUAUAAUAAAGAAAAGUUGUUAAAUAAUGGAGAUAAGUGGGAAGUGGAAAUAGCCUCCAAUUUACAUGCAGAUCAUUUGUAUAGAUAAAAUAACUCAACAUAAUACAAUAUAGAUAAUAGUAAAUAUGGUUCUAGUUUUAUCCGACCACAGCUUAGAACACAAAAAUCUAUUAAAAAAUUAUUAUGUUCAAAUUAUAUGUAAUGUACCUAAGUAAAAAAUAUAUUG